AUGUCUGAUACUUUAGCGACAAAAGAUGAGGCCGCAAAGGUGUUUAAUCGAUUAAGACAGGAUCCUGUCAAUCAAGUUUGCUUUGAUUGUGCCAAUAAAAAUCCGACUUGGACAUCCAUUCCUUUCGGAAUCAUGUUGUGUUUAGAAUGCUCCGCAGUACAUAGAAACCUUGGAGUUCAUAUCUCUUUUGUGAAGUCAUCGAAUUUAGACUCAUGGCAAAGGAUUCAACUAAGGCAUUUCAAGUUCGGAGGUAAUAGAACUGCUAAGGAGUUUUUUUUAAAGCAUGGGGGAUCUCAAUAUAUCAAAAAUGAUGUUGAUGCACAUACUAAAUAUACAUCGCCGGUUGCGACGAAGUACAAGGAAAAAUUAAAACAUAGGGCUCAACAAGAUGCCUUGAAACAUCCGGACGAAGUCACCUUAGAUGAUAUUAAUGAUGAUAAUUCGUUAGGAGGGUCCAGCUCGAAUGCAUCAACUGAUGACUUCUUUUCGAACUGGACAAAGCCAAUAAACUCAACACCGUCUCCCCUAUCUUCAAAAAAUGCAACACCUAGUGCAUCUGCCGAGGAUUUAACGUUAAAGAAACCCGUCCGUUCUGCUAUAACCUCGUCUAGGUUGAAGAAUAACAACGCGACAGCAAAGAAGUCGAUAUUAUCAUCAAAAGGCAAUGGCCCUAAAAAUUCCAGGUUAGCGGCCAAGCGCAUAAAUAAAGUAGAUUCUGAACAAAUUGAUUUUGAUGAAAUAGAAAAGAAAGCGAAGUUGGAAGCGGAAGAAGCAAAGAAACUAGGCUAUAAUCCCAACACAGAAAUAGAAGAAGAGACAAAGAUCGCAAAGCCGAUGGAACGUCUUAGUUUGUCUUCUUCAAAAGAAGAAAUUAAAUUGGCAAAACCAAUUAAAGAGACACCACAGCAAUUCCAGAGAUUAGGGUUUGGAAUGACUCAAGGAGCAAAUGUUACAUCCGCUCCGUCAAAGAAAUACCAAGACGUGAAAUAUACCGGUGAAGUGACAGAUAAGUUUGGAACUCAAAAGGGUAUCUCAUCAGACGAAUUUUUUGGCAGAGGACCCCGUUUUGAUGAGCAGGCGAAGGAGGAAGCGAAGACUAAGCUACAAGCCUUCAAUGGUGCUAAUUCGAUUUCUUCUUCAUCUUAUUUUGGUGAAGAUGAAGAAGCAAAACAGCAUGGACGUCUGAACUCAGGCAGUUUCAGAGACCUCGAGUCAUCUGCCCGGGAUUUUGCUUCGAAGUUCUCGGGUAAUGCCAACCAAGACUUGGAUGUCUUAAAAGAUGCCUUGGAGGAUGGAGCGAACAAAUUAGGCUCCUACUUGAGAGAUUUUUUGAGAUAA